CAUCAUUUGGAAUCUUCUGAACAUUCUAACUGUGCAAAGUAGAAUACUGAGGUAGAAUACUGAAUCAGUUGGACCUGGCUACACCAGAGAUAACACUGAGAGAGAGCUUGCUCCUGGAGAUUUUACAAAUUAUUCACUGAUUCACCUGUUUUAACUGUUUGAUAUUGGUAAUCCUGCCAAGGACAAAGGAAGAGUAUAUUUUCUAUUCCACUACAUUGGCUGAAGAUGGAAGUGAGAGGCGAGGUGAGAGGAGAGAGUGGUUGCUUCAUGGGAGCCAUGAGAGCCCUCUUGAACACCAUCCGAAACCGGCUAAGACCAAAGAGAAAACGACAGAGGACCAAGAACUACCGGAUCUGUCACAACUCUGCCAUGGCCAAGAUCAAGAGAAGAAAACUAAAGAAGCAACUGACAACUGGGCUGAACAUCAAACUGAGCAAGCCAAACCAUGUGGCUAAAGGUACAUCUAUGCGGGCUUUUCAAGAGAGGCGCAAGCCACGCUGGGUUCUCCAGACCAGAGAGGAUCUCCAGCCUGCUGAACCAGCAAGUGAUCCAAACACCGAGAACACUCUGGCUAGAGAGGAUCUCAACCCUGCUGAAUUAGCAAGUGAGGUGGCUAACAUCGACAUCACUCAGCCUGGAGAAGUUCUUCAGCCAGUUGAACUGGAUCUUCUGGCUGAUGAACCAGCAAGUUGGGUUGUAGCUAAUGCCCAGAUGUGGAGGGAGAUGACCAGACAAGAUGGUCCUGUCCUUAGCGACAUGCCCAUCAUGCACUGCUUGGGUCUGAUCCAUCGCCAGCUGUGUCGCCGGGACCUGACUGGACAAGAUAGAGUGGCCAUCAUGUACUCUGGUCCUUUCAGUUUCCUUGUCCCAUCUGAAUGGGCCCUUGACCACCUAAUGAGUGGGGAGCAGGACAGUCGUCCAUACACCAUGGCCUUCUACUGACAGCCAAGCAACUGGCUACAUCUACUACCACUCAACUGCUCAGCUGCCCUCUGACUAAACUACAUGACAUUAUAUUUCAUUAAAAUUCUAAAUUAAAUAAAUAUUUGACAUAC